GCUAUAGAGAGUUUUGUUUCCUUUUUUUUGUUUUUUUUUUUCCUUUUCAAUUUUUUUUCUUCUUCAUUUGUUGUUUGUUUUCCUCGAUUCGAUUGCGUCUGCAAACGCGCCAACGGCUAUUUUGUCCCCCCGGAGCCGGAGCUCCUUAACGUCGAAACCCUAAUUUCCUCCAUGUCCUUCUCAUCGUCGAUUUUACCCAAUUUUGUUUGAAUUUCAGAAAGCAAUCGAAGUGUAUCGAGUGAUUUCAACGUGAAAAGGUAGAGAGAGUUUGGGGUUCGAUUAGUGUGGGUUGUGAUAUUAUGAAAAUGACGGAGAUGGAGCAGCCAAAGAAAGUUGCUGAUAGGUAUCUCAAACUUUGGCAGACGGGACAAACUGUAGCAAUAAAGAAGAUAAGGCUAGGUAAACAAAGGGAAGGUGUCAAUAUUACAGCUCUCAGGGAAAUCAAAAUGCUCAAAGAGCUAAAGCAUCCACAUAUAAUUCUGCUGAUUGAUGCGUUUCCUCACAAGGAGAACUUGCAUCUUGUUUUUGAGUUCAUGGAGACUGACCUCGAAGCUGUCAUCCGCGAUUCGAACAUAUUCCUAUCACCCGCCGACAUCAAAUCUUACCUCCUCAUGACGUUUAAAGGACUUGCUUAUUGCCACGAUAAAUGGGUUUUGCACAGGGAUAUGAAGCCAAAUAACUUGUUAAUAGGAGUUGAUGGACAGCUGAAGCUUGCAGAUUUUGGGUUAGCACGUAUAUUUGGUAGUCCAAAUCGUAAAUUUACUCACCAGGUGUUUGCUAGAUGGUACAGAGCACCAGAACUUUUGUUUGGUGCAAAACAAUAUGGUGCUGCAGUUGAUGUUUGGGCAGCUGGCUGCAUAUUCGCCGAACUUUUGCUACGCAGACCAUUUCUUCAGGGAAACAGUGAUAUCGAUCAAUUAAGCAAAAUAUUUGCUGCCUUUGGAACACCAAACGCAGAUCAGUGGCCUGAUGUCACAGACCUUCCAGAUUAUGUAGAGUAUCAAUUUGUCCCGGCACCGUCUCUACGUUCUUUAUUCCCAGCAGUUAGUGAUGAUGCUCUCGACUUGUUGUCCAAAAUGUUUACCUAUGACCCAAAGGCUAGAAUCUCCAUUGAGCAGGCUCUAGAACACAGGUACUUCACUUCUGCACCUGCUCCUACUGACCCGGCUAAGCUCCCGAAGCCAAUUCACAAGCAGGAUGGUAUAUCCUUUGACGGUAAACGUGAGGCCAUUACAGUGUUAUCACCACCACGUAAGUUUAGAAGAGUGAUGCCUGAGCGUGGGAGGGUUGAUAGUUUGAAGUCUCAUGUUGACAAGGAUCAACAAGCACCCAUGUCAUUAGAUUUUACCAUCCUUGUUGAGCGACCUCCAAACCGGCCAACUAUCACCAGUGCUGAUAGAACCCAUCUGAAGAGAAAACUCGAUCUUGAAUUCUAAUAAGACUGUUGGUUUCGCACUCUUGCCUCGUUCUCCAAUUUCAUGUUCUGGUGAGACCACAACAUUGUUAAGUUGUCAAUUUACUGCUGCUUGUGUAAGCUGGCGAUUUAUACCUUUUCAUUUUUUUAGCUUAAUUACAAACCAGAGGGAUCCUAAAUUCACAAUGAUAAUAUUUUGUUGUCCAAUAGGGUUUAUUCAUUGUAAACUGAUCAUCCUGUACUAUGUCGUCUAUGAUUAUAAAGCUUUCUUCUACU